AUAAAACUAGAGUUUUUGCAAAAACUACUCAAAAAUCCUAAUGUCAUACAGUUUUUGGCACAAUUGGGUCAUAAAGUCGGAAAUUUUAGCCGAAAUGUAAAAUUAAAUUUACGUGACUUUAUGGCCGAAGCCAAAGAUGGACUGUCAGUGGACAGUACGAUUCAGAUGAGAAACACCCUGGUAGCUUUUAUUGAGAGUCUAGAGUUGUCGCCCCUGUGUUUGAUGUCGUUUGUAAUGAUGAAAAGGGCGCUCGAAAGGAAAGAUACCUGGCCUAUUAGGUGGCGCUCGAAAGGAAAGAUACCUGGCCUAUUAGGUUUUAUGUUUAAGUAUUACAUUUACGAUUCAAUGCAAAUCAUACCCAACGGCCUACUGGACGGUACGUUCACCAGCUUUGGCUUAUAUGAGGAAUGCCUGGACAUAGAGAACGAACAGUUCCCGGGGCUUAAAAUGAAGGGUCGGUACUGUUUGGCUAAACGGGAACUGCCGUUCAUGUAUCCCUCACUUAAUAACGAGACGGCCUACCGGUCCACACAUUUGCCCGAUAAUAAUGACAUGAGAUUACUGCAGGCAAUGAACUUGCUCAAAAAGACAUACUUGAGGUUCGGGGUGUGUUUCCCAUCCACCUGUUCAGCCAAAGAGAUUAAUAGAGCACUCAAUAGAAUAAUGUCUCCGUCGGGUAAACAAUACGUUGAGAUCGAGAGUGAAUGCAAAGUAAAGGACAGAGAGAUUAAACUCAAUGGCUAUCAACGGACCGCA